GAAACAUUUCGUGAAGUGAAUUUUUUUAAUAUGCUUUAAACUUUAGGUAUUAGAAAUGAAAGAAGAACAAAUAUAUUAAAUAGAUUAGCAAUGGAAGAUAUUUCUCUCAGGAAAAGAGAAAUUGAAGCUAAGUUGGAGGAGGAGAAGGCUAGCAUACAAUGGCUGAAGGAUAGUCUUUCAAAAAGUAAUAAUCUGGCAAAUAAUAUGCUUAAUAUUCUAACAUCAUUUGAAGAUCGGUUAUGCAAGCUAGAAGACACCAUAUUACCUGUUCACAAAGAAACAACAGAUCUUCAGAGACGUCAAGACAAUGUUGACAAAACAUUGCAUUUAUUGGAUGAUGUGUUGAGUUAUCACAGUGUAUCAUCAAAUCUAAAACCACUUAUUGAGGAAGGACCAAGUGGAAAACUGAAAGAGUAUUUAGAAAGCAUGGAAAAGAUAGACCAAGCUAUUCGAUUCUUCAAAAAGAACAGUCCUGACAGUAUCGAACUUUCCGUAUUAGAAUCUUUAUAUGAAACCGCAAGAGAUUCACUUGAAAAAGAAUUUUUGAUGCUGUUAAAGAGAAAUAGCAAGCCUGUACCUGUUGUAACAAUUCAAGAUAUACUAAAUGCCAUGGUUGAAAACUCAGAUAAUAAUGGUGAAUUAGAAGCUGAAGAGGACCCAAUACAACAUUUUUCAGUAAAAGUAAUGGAUGAGUUGGCAACUAUUGCAACCUGGUUAACAGAGCAUAAAAAGGGUGUGGAUUUUAUGAGCAUGUAUUCGCAGUAUCGUUCCACAAUGUUGUUACAAUCACUGCAAGGUAUUAAACGUGAAGGAUUUAAAUUUAAUUUUGAGGGAAUCGUUGGAAAAAAGAAAGCUCCUAUGAAGCGACAGGUUACAGACAUGUACAUGAAGAAAAAACUGGGACCAAGGAAGUCAACAAAGCCGGUUAUUGAAACUUAUUAUGGACAUAAAAGACAACCAUCAUCGUAUGAACAAGUUUUAGAUGAAGACGAAAAUUCCGAAGCAUCGACGUUUAUAACUUGUACUGGUGCUUUGCUUAAGCUCAUGCAGAGUGAGAAUCAAUUAAUGCAGUUAAUUAUACCAGAAGAACGUCAAAUCCCAAUAUUUAGUCAGUUAGUGGCAGAAACUCUUUCAGCGUAUUUUACAGAUGCUGAGGCUUUAUGUGCAAGUGCAAAAAGGGUGCAAAAUAAAUUGGACCAUUCUUCUAUUCAAAUGAUACUUCCAGUGCUAAAGUAUCUGUAUGUUGUAAAACCUGAUUUUAACACGCUACUAAAGGUGAUGAAUGUUGAUACUAGAAAGAUAUUUUUAAACGUUAUAUCAUUGUUUGAAGAAACUGGCCGAAACAUUCUUCAUGACUUCCAGGAAAAGUUACAGGAAUCUGAUAAACAUGUAAACAUGCCAAAAGAUGGUACCGUUCAUCAAAUUACAAGCAAUGUAACUAUAUUUCUUGAAGAGCUGAUUCAAUACUUGGAUACAACUGCAGCAAUUCUGUCAAGUUCUGAUUCAAAAUCACCAACAGAAGAUAUAAACUCGAAAGAAAUAGUAUCAACUUAUAUAUCAACAAUCUUAUCAGAGUUGAGUAGCAAUUUGAACAUCAAGGCGAAACUUUAUGACACAUCCGCACUUCGAUAUAUAUUCCUACUCAACAAUUUUAACUAUAUUGUUAAAAGCUUGCACAAGAUUGAUAUUAUGACCAUGCUGCAAGAACACGGUCAUCCCAAUCUUGAAAACGAUUAUGACGAUGAAAUCAAGGAUGCAUUGAAGAAGUAUGAGAAAAGUUGGACACGUGUCAGUCAACAUUUAGAAAUGGAUCCAGGUGAUAAGGUGCUGGAAGCAGCAGGAAAGGGACAUUUAAAAGACAAACACAAGCAAGCAAUAAAAGAUAAAUUUAAGGGUUUUAACACGGAACUUGAAGAUAUCCAACAACUUCAUCGCCAGUUUACUGUUCCUGACAUGAUGUUAAAGAAGAGAAUAUUCGAUAGGAUUUGCGAUCUCAUCGUUCCGAAAUAUUCAGACUUUCUAGCAAGAUAUCGUGAUGUGCACUUUACGAAAAAUGUGGAAAAAUAUGUAAAAUAUGAUCUGGAUAAAGUUCGUUCCUUGAUUGCCAGCGUGUAUGAUGUUGAUGAAAAACAACUUGUAAAUAGCUAAACGUAUAAUGGUUGAUACGUCGGAUAAAAAAGAGCUCCUGACGUGCGUUAGCGUCGCUUUAUAUUAGGUUAGUUAGCUUCGCAAGAAUGCUGAAGAAAGCGACUUUAGUUGAAGAAAGUUUGGCAGUUUGACAAUAAUUUUUUUUUAUUUCUUAUUGAAACAAAAUAUCGGUAACAAGAAAAUGCUGAAAAGUGAUCAAAUUUCGGCUGAAUGACUGAUAUUUUGUACCAUGGAAAAAAGAAUGUUUUUUCUUCCUCCCUGGAAAAUAUUUUACCGAUUUUUGAAAGUGACUUUUUUUUAAAAAAUUUAGUUGGUAAUAACGAGUCGGUGGCCCGUGGAUAAAUCCAUAGAUCCACCCGUCCUUUAUUUGCUGUGUUUCGUGUGUCUCGCUUCUGCGGUUACCAUUUUGCGUGACAGACAGACAGACGUAUUAUAAUAUAGGGAUGACUAAAUUUUAAGCAAGUGAUAUAGUGAAAGUAUUCAACGCAUUUUGAUUUCUUUUCUGCGAGUCUCCCUAACAGUAAAAACUCAAUUGUUAGAUCCAAUUUUCAUGUUAGGGAAUUGGAAUUUGCAAUUUUAGGUUACCUGACUAAUCGAUUCGAUACAGGGGGUUGAUAUUUUGUGCUCACGUAUCAAUUGGAAAUAUGAAAUAACGAUUAAAAUUUAUAUCAUAGAAUUUAUUUUCACAUAUUUUCUUUUAUACAUACUUGUUGUUUUUUUUGAAAAUUUUGUAAAUAUAAAACAUUUCAACAAUGAUCAGUUGAGGUUGUAUCACUUUCAAAUAUAAAUAAACUAUAAAGAAGGAAAUUAGUUGCUAACCAACGGAUGUAAAAUGAUCCCUAAAAAUAAUAUUUAGUAAAU